AUGUGGAGUUGGGAGGCUGCGGCUGUGGCGGCAGCAGGUGGCGCGGCGGUGGCCGUCGUCCUCCUGAUCCUCAACAGGAACUACCAUCGCAAACCAUCGCCCCCCGGCCCAUGGGGCUGGCCUGUCAUCGGAUCACUGCUGCUGCUCGACCCCAAACAGCCUCAUGAGAGCCUUCGGUCGCUGGUGCGUCGGUACGGUCCGGUGGUGCAGCUGCAGCUGGGCGAGGUGCGUGCUGUGGUGCUCGCGAGGGAGGACCUUAUACGCACCACCUUCGCCAAGGAGGCCGCGUCAGGCCGAGCACCGCUGUACCUCACACACGGCAUCAUGGAGGGCAUGGGGCUCGUAUGCGCAGAGGGGGAGCUAUGGCGCGACCAGCGGCGCUUCACGGUGUCCGUGAUGCGGGCGCUGGGCAUGCGCAGCGGCGCGGCGCGGGCUGCUCUGCGCAUGCGCAUACUCCAGACCGCCCAAGAGACUGCCGUAAAUCUCGGUAACGGAGACGAGGUGAGCAUCAGGGACCCCAGUUCAGAGCUGCUGCACAGUCUGGGCAACACCAUGAACCUGCUGGUGUUCGGGACAUGCUACGACAGGCACGACCCGGAGUGGGCCCGUCUGCUCUACCUCCUCGAUGAGGGCAGCAAGCUUAUCGGAGUCGCGGGGCCUCUCAACUUCUUACCCUGGCUCAGAUUUUUGCCGCAACACCGCCGGACUCUUAAGUUCAUCAAGGAGAACCAGAUCAAGUCCCAUGCAAUCUACCAAAGAAUCAUCGACAAAUUCGUCGCGGAGAAGGCGCUACAAACUGAAGAAGAUGCGAAGGAAGUUCGGCACUUCGUUGACGCUUACAUGCAGGAGGUGUGGUCGCGUGGUGCAGGCAUGGAGGGGAGCUUCACCCCCCGCCAGCUUCAUCACCUCGCUGCUGAUCUCUUCGGCGCAGGCACGGAGACCACCGUCACCUCCCUGCGCUGGCUGCUGCUCGACCUCGCUGCUCACCAGCACUACCAGGAGAGAAUAUUUAGUGAGAUAUCAGCACUGGCUUCAGAAGGAUACGUUCAGUUCUCGGACAUCCCGAAGCUCCUUCUGACGCAGGCGGCGCUGCAGGAGAGCCAGCGGCUGCAUCCUGUCGUCACGCUCGGCGUCCCGCACGGCACCACGCAAGACCUGGAGAUCGCAGGAUACCACGUGCCUAAAGGAACUAUGCUCAUCCCGCUGCUGGCUGAGGUACAUAAGGACGAGGUGCAUUGGACGAACCCUGAGCAGUUCCUGCCAGAAAGAUUCAUCGACCACAACGAGAUGCAGAUCAUCAGGCACGCCGCCUUCAUGCCCUUCCAAACCGGUCGCCGUGUGUGUCCCGGCGAAGAUUUCGCUCGUCUUGUCCUGGUGCUGUACGUGACGCAGAUCUUGUUGCGCUAUCGCCUCGUGCUUCCUAAAGAUUAUUAUAAUAAUUCUUAUCCAGCAAAAAGUGGCAAUCCAAAAGCUUGCGGCUCCACAAAGGGGGCUGGAGAGACGACGCCAUCUUCUUUGCUUCAAGAAGGACACGGCGACCGGUUCGAGACCAACUCCGAAAAAAAUGAACUUUGCCGGAAACCAAAUCCUCUGGCAGCUUCAUUAGGAGAUGCGACCAGCGACGACGACGUUGAUGGAAACGAAGGCAAGUAUGAACAUGUCUCUCCUCGUCAAGAACCUCAGAACGACAAUAAAUAUUCAGGACAGGAUGAACUGCAUGAAUGCUGGGACGACGAUCCGUUUCUGAACCCUGUCAGUGGGUUCACAACCUCCCCCAGGCCUUACAAACUUGUUUUUAUGCCAAGAAAACAUAAUACUUUUAUCAAACCACAAUUUUUUUAGCCACGUCUGUCGUUCGGUCGAGAGGAUCCACUGAUUUAAUCAUAUUGUUCUGAUCCUUGUUGUCUUCAUGGAUUGAGAUCCAAGUUAUUGGCAUUGUCGCCUCCUAGAAAAUUUCCAUAUAUUAUUGUCACCUCGUGUUUGAUGUUGUGACUUAUCGUCACAGCAUCAAACACGUCACAACAUCUCGUCAAUUCUGGUGACGAGAAGAAUUCGGUGACGGACAAGAAAUACUAAAUAACAUCUUGAGGGGAGUGUUUUCAUGAACGAAUUAAAUUCUCGCUUCAGUGGUGAAAUGAAUCGUAGCCUUGUACGGACAACCAGCAAUAAGUAUUAUAAGUGAAGUAUUCAUAAUAAAUUUUUUUAGUGACCGAGUACCACUUUGAGAUCCUGCAAACUCGCCGAGUACCAACAAGGACACGUUGAGACGAGCGUGGGACAAUAAGUUGCAAGGUUACAUUACCAGUAGUAGUUUUCUGUAGUAAAUGUUUAUUAAAAUCAUUCAUGACCGAGAAAGUGUUCACGUUACCCCUGCAAGGCCCUUUUAUGCAAAUAAA